UGCGGGCCAGCGGUGUGGCCUCGACUGUUAUUAAAUAUCGAGGUUUGUUAGAAUUGGAACGUCUAGUGACAGAUCACCCACAGCCAGAGAUUGACCGGACCCAUGUCCAAGUCACCCCUUCCACUCGCAGGAGUUCGAGUCGUCGAGCUCGCAGGCCUGGCUCCAGGCCCGUUCGCGGGACUUCUACUCGCAGACUAUGGCGCGUCACUGCUGCGCGUUGAUCGGCCGAAUUCCAUCUCCACAGACCAGUUGACUCGCCGGAAAACGUCCAUCACAUUGGACCUGCGGGACAAAGCUUCGCACCGCCUCCUUCUCUCUAUCCUGUCAAAGGCCGAUGUCCUGAUUGAUCCCUACCGUCCGGGCGUGCUGGAACGUCUGGGCCUCUCUCCGUCUGACGUACUCCUGAAACACAACCCGCGCCUGAUUGUGGCUCGCAUGACGGGCUUCCGUCGGGACGGCAAAUACAAAGACAUGGCGGGCCAUGACAUCAAUUACAUCGCGGUGUCUGGGGUACUGUCCAUGCUUGGCCGGAAGGGAGAGCCCCCCUAUGCACCGGGCAACAUCCUGGGUGAUUUCGCCGGCGGAGGCGCCAUGUGCUUCCUCGGGAUCCUGCUGGCACUAUUGGCGCGCGCGCACACAGGACGAGGCCAGGUGGUCGAAGCCAACAUGGUAGACGGGUCCGCAUAUUUGGCGACGAUGCCGCGGCUGAAUCGGCAGACGCCGCUGUGGAACCUACCUCGCGGCGAGAAUAUGCUGGACGGCGGCAGUCCCUUCUACGGCACCUACGAGUGCAAAGACCGGGGCAAAUAUUUCGCGGUCGGAGCGUUGGAGCCGCAGUUCUACGCGGCGCUGAUCAAGGGGCUGGGAUUUGAAACAGGGGAGCUCCCCGCACGGGAGGACAGGGCGAAUUGGCCCGCCCUGCGAGCCGCGUUUGAGCAGCGAUUCAAGGAGAAGACGCGGGCUGAGUGGGAGGCCAUCUUUGACGGCACCGAUGCUUGCGCGACGCCCGUGCUGGAGCAGGCGGAAUUGGAACAGAGUGGCUACGAGCAGAGACCUGCGGUGCACCUGGUUGACACGCCCGGUCUUCCGAUCCCAGCUGACGACGGCGGAUGGACAGGAGGCGGGCUGUUACCCGGUACCGGCGGGCAGGAGACGCUCAAGGCAUGGAUGGGAUGGGAGAAGGGACGGGACUUUGAGAUCCGAGGAGAUGGCGCAUUGGUGUGGAUCGAGGGAGGCAAGCCCAAACUGUAGGUAGCGUAGCUGGUGUCUCAGAAUGGCCUUCUAGAGCGACGAGAUUAAUUGGUGGACGCGAUCACGAUGAUACCCAUGACCCUCAAGGGAGAGAAGCUUUGGCCAUUCAGCAUGUGCGGGAGUCGCAAGAUGUGAGACAAGUUUAGGGCUGAGAAACGAGAUCUGGAGAUUCAAUUGGGUUUCCCUUGUUUGAUUUGGUGGGAUGAGGGGGAUCCCCAGCCACAGCCACAGCCAGCAACCGACAGUCGGUCGGUCAAUCGGUCCGUCGGUCAGCAUCAGCAGGGUAGCAGUGGUCCAUUUCAAUUCUUACAAUUAUCUUGCUUUCUCCUAACAGAUGGACGAUGGAG